CGACGAAGGAGCUGGAUGAGGCCUGACUCCUGUGGCAGGAUGGGAUGAAGAGAUAUGAAGAUCUCGGGGUACCCCCCCCAGGAACUGGGGUGGUCAGUGGUGCCGGAAUGCACAGGACUGGAGAACAGCAUUCGUGCAGCAAGAUGCGGAAGCAGAAACAGAACUUGAACCUGUCUGACCAGACUCUUACAGGCAGCAUGGAUUAGGCAGCAGAAUCAAGACUACACAGUGGGAAGAGAGAACUGACUCCUCAAAGUUGCCCUCUGACCUCCACACACACAUAAUAACAUACACACACACACACACACACACACACACACACAGGGCUCCGAGUGGGAAAGGGCACUAAUAGCACAGGAUCUCUCAUAGCCCAGGCUACCUUGAAUUCACUACAUAACUGAAGAUGACCUGCCCUGCCCACUCCACCUGAGUGCUGUUUAGGACUACAGGUAUGGCAGGAAAAGGAUCAGCUAGAAGGCUCUCGGAGACCGUGGAGGAUUACCAGGGUGAGAUGUUGUACGGUUAACGGCGGCAGCACCUGUUACGAGCGUCUGUGGAAUGAGUUGGAACUGGACUGACUCUAAGAAGGCUGCCCAGAGCACCGAGGAAGGGGAAGUCCCCAUCACCGAAGCCCUUAUCACCAAGAGGAACUUGAACUUCCCUGAGGAUGAAGACCUGUCAGAAAAGAUGUUUCACACUCUUGAUGAACUCGAGACUGUCCGCCUGGAUCGGGAAGGGAUUACCACAAUCAGCAAUUUAGAGGGCCUCCGGAAUAUUCACAGCCUCUACCUGCAAUUGAAUAAGAUCCAGCGGAUUGAGAACCUGGCAUGCAUCACCUCCCUGCGGUAUGUGGCACCGAGACAGCAAAGGAGUAAGGCGUUGGGUGGUGAGAAACCGGCUACUCCCCUAGAACUGUCUGGGGGCUCUCCAAGCCUGGCUCUCUGUCAGCUGAGACGGCUGGCUCUGCUCUCCUCACCCCACCCUGUGCCCCCACUUGUCGGCCAGCUGCCUACACAGGGGAGCCCUCCCUCCUCCAGCAGUCUUUCCUCCCUCUUCCCCUGCAGCUUCCUGUCUCUGGCAGGAAACCAAAUCAGGCAGGUGGAAAACCUCCUUGACCUCCAGUACCUCCAGUUUCUGGACCUUUCUGAGAACCUGAUAGAGGUCCUAAAGCUAGACGAGUUCCCCCAGAGCCUUCUCAUCCUCAACCUGUGUGGAAACCCCUGCACCACCCAGGAUGGCUACAGGAAGACGGUGAUAGAAGCCCUGCCACUGCUCUUGGACCUGGACAAGCAGCCUAUAAUUGAGCGCUGGACCUCCGAUGAAGAGGAUAAAUCCUCGGAUGAGGAGGAGGAAUUUCCGGAGCUGAAUGGCCCGUUCUGCACAGAGCGAGGGUUCUUCAAGGACUUGGAGCAGGAACUGAAGCAGCAUCGGGAGCGAAGGCAGCAGGAGGUCCUGGCAGAGCACUUGUCCAGGAUGGAGACUCAGCCUGUCCUCACUGACCUGCCAAUCCUGCCGGCAGUGCCCAUGGCUGGGGACGGCAGCCCUGCUGUUACUGUGCAGCCCAAGAAAGAGUUGGCCCCUAAGGCCGCCUCCUCAACCGAGACCACCUCUUCUACCACGAAACCAGUGCCCAGGAGUCACAAAAGCUCUGUCCGGGCGAGGAAGAAGGCGCCAGCAGCCACAGCCACAGCCAAGACCUCUCUGGCUGCAGCCCCCAGUAAGACAAAAACUAUACCCAGAAGAAACACCAAGUAGCGCACAGCCUCUGUGCACUUGCCCUCCUUCCCGGGCCCUUCCCUCACUAGUGGCAGGAGCCCCAGCUUCCAAUAAAGCAUCUUAGGGCUUAGAAUGCUUUCCAUGUCACGUGGAGUAAGUCAAGGAAAGGAACGAAAACCAGAUGUCAAAAACACAACCCCCAAAAGCAGCUUAACCUUUCAAGAAGGACCAAGAGGGCUGGGUUCCCAGUGGGCUUGCUGCUCCUCUAGUGGGCAAGAAGUGGAGAUCACCUCACAAAGCUUUGUGGUGUUUUGUUUUGUUUUGGUUUUGGGGUUUUGGUUUUGGUUUUUUGAGACAGUGUUUCUUUUUUUUUUUUUUUUAAAUCUUUUUAUGGUUUAUUUAACUUUAUUUUAUGUGCAUUGGUGUGAAGGUAUAAGAUCCCCUGGAACUGGAUUUUCAGACAGUUGUGAGCUGCCAUGUGGGUGCUGGGAAUUGAACCUGGGUCCUCGGGAAGAGCAGUCAGUGCUCUUGACCGCUGAGCCAUCUCUCCAGCCCUAGACAGACAGUGUUUCUUUGUAGCUUUGGGGUCUGUCCUGGAACUAGCUCUUGUAGACCAGGUUGGCCUCAAACUCACAGAGAUCCACCUGCUUCUGCCUCCCGAGUGCUAGGAUUAAAGGUGUGCGCCAGCUUCUUGUUUUGUUUUUAAGAUAGGGUCUCACUGUGUAAUCCUGGCUGGCCUGGAACUCACAGAAAUCCACUUGCUUCUGCCUCCUGAGUAGUUGGAUUAAAGACAUGCCACCAUGCAGUCGAUGCUAAGGACUAAACCCUUGCUUUUCAUGUCACAUGGUGUCCCCAAAUAGCAGCCAGCUCUCAUGAGGCAUUUUGGGUCUUCAUGCAAACAUGCAUGAAUUAGGUCCCAUCACACCCAUCAUCAGAGGUUAUGGCUU